AUUCCUUCGCCAAAAAGUAGCAGCACACGCAGAAAUAGAGAAACCAAUUUGUAUUAAAAGAGCCAGUUUUUGGUAUCAAGCCCGAAAGAUUUCUGAUUUCCUAUUAAAAUUCCCCCACAAAGCCAUUCUUUUUGUCGCAGGAUCAUGAUGGUUUUUUAGAGUGAGCAUUUUGACAAUAAGAAUAUGUUAAAUCUGUUAUCAAUAUUCAAUUUUGCCAAGUUUUCCAUUUCCUCCUCCACUUUUACCCUUGGCGUACAAAAGAGAAAACCGAAAGGAAGGAACGAAGCGCAGAGGAAGAACAGCCUAUAGUCGCUGGCGGUUCUUCGUACCAAAAAAAGACGGGUUGUCGCUGGCGGAAGGACGAAAAGGAGUUUUAGAGAGAGAAAAAGAGCGAAAAUUGUGGAGAUGCCAAUCGCUUUUGAUCUAUGGAGGACUUUUUGGUAAUGGGCGGCCCACGCAGGAGCUCGCUGUUAUAUCUCUACUUACCUUUCUUUCUCUUUACGCUUUACAUCCAUUCCGUGCCUCCUUCAAUUGUUCUCGAACAAGUCGGUGGAAGAUUGAGUCAUGAAGAUGUUUGAUGAAACGAGUCUUUGAACUAUUGGCGUUGAAGCGCAGAAAGGUCCAAAAUUUCGAGGUGAAUUUCACGUAUUUCCCCCAUUUUCUGCCGAUAAUAUCCGUAGUUUUGUGAAGAGAAGCAGCUUGGUUUUUGUUUUCCUGAGCUGGUUUGCAGAAGGGAAGAAGUGACAUCAAAUAUUGCUGAAAACAGAGGAUUUGGAGAUUCUUUUCUUGUGCUGUGAAUUUAGAAUCCAGUGGAUCAUAAAUAAAAUUCAUUGUAAAGCUGGCAAUUUGCAGUUCAAGUGCUGUCGUUUUGAUUCGAGAUUCCUGCUCCAAAGUGAAAUUUCAACUUUCUAGAUAUAGCUUCUGAUUCACAUGCGAUAGUUUUGUGAGGAUGGAAGAAAAGGCUGUUAUUUGAAUUAAAAAAACAGGAAGAGAGGUGUGGGAUUUGGUGUACAGAGGAAGAAAAGUUUCUGAUUCCUUGCAGCCUAGGAGAACAGAAGCAUCUCAUGGGCUAUAGAUUUUGAUUAUUUUAGAGAACUGAAGUGCUGAUAUUGAAACUUUGUUUUGAGUGCCUAGUUGAUGCAACUCUUCUUUGGCACCUCGUAGUGAAUUCUUGUAUGCCAGGUCCUUUUUUGGCUUAGUCUUCAAUUUGCCAAGAGUUGCAGUUUGGCGCUAAUAAUGACAAAGAAACACAAACGUUUUACACGAUGGAAAAAGGAGAAUGUAGGUUGCAUGCAGGGUCUGAUCAGUAUUUUUGACUUUCGCCGAGGACGUUCUACUCAAAGGUUUCUUUCAGAUAAAAAAUGUGGUAGUUCUAGAAAUUUAGGCAUUAGCAAUUCAAGAAACAAAGUUGGUCUCCCAUGUAAUAAUAUAGAGGAAAAUCAUGGAGAUGCUGAGAAUAUAACCCCCAUAUCUGAUACUGAACCUGAGGAAGAUAACAGGGUUGAUUUGGGUGUUUCUAGUUUCAACACACUCAGGAAAAAAGAAAUUCCAAGAUCAAAUCACUCGAGGAAGGAAUUUGAUUCAAAAAUAGAAUGGAUAAAAGCUGAGUUGGGAAUUGGAGCCAAUGUUGAGAAGAAUCACAAGGAAUCAACUAAGAAUGGUGUAGUUGGCUCUAAAAAUAAUUUAAAUUCUUCUCCAAGUUUGAUGUCACAGCAAUCCGAUUAUCCCAAUAUGUCAACAUUGCUUUCAUCUGACAUAGACCUCGGUGAAUUUAUGUUAGAUUACUGCAAAAAUGGCUUGUAUUGGGAAAGAAAACAAUUUGAAUAUGAAAAUAAGACAGGUCAGUUUCCUUUCCCUGCAAUUGAGAGCGAUCUAAAAAUGAGUGAGGAUGAUGUUGCAUCUGUGACUGUUCUUCAGAAGGCCAUUGUUGAUUUAAGUGAGGCCUUUCUAAGACAGAAUUCUAUCAACUCAAGUGAGAACAAAGAGGUUCAUCAACCAAAGGACAUCGUUAAUGUGUUCGAGAUUCUGAAUUCAAACAAGGAGCUAUUCCUCGAGAUUCUUCAAGAUCCAAAUUCACCGAUCCGAAAGCAUAUUCAAGAAUUUCAAAAUGUUCAAUGUGGUAAAGCUUCUAUACAAAAUCAGUUGUUCAGUGAACUCCCAGUAUCAAAAAGGUUUCAAAAACAAAGUGGUCCUUACUCAUUUCGGACAAAAGAUAAGUUAACAGUAGUGUGCCAAUCAAAUGAAAGAGAUGAUGCUAAAGGUCCAGACACCAUUGUUGUUUUGAAGCCCACUCAGUUGAGAAAUCAAAAUCUUUCAAGUAUGAUAAAUCCAAUAGCUUCUAUUCCAUCAUAUUGUAAUAUUGAAAACAAGGAAGAUAGAGAAAGGCUUUCCUCUAAUUUUUCUGUCAAAGAAAUCACGAGGAGGUUCAGAAAUGUAAUUGGACCAAGCAAAAGGGGGAAGGACCGAAUUGCCAUGGAUGGCAUUAUGCAUAAAAUCCCAUAUGGUAAAGAGAUAUCAAGAAAGAAUGCAACUUCUAGCAGUAGAGAACACACUGAAAAUGGCAGAGAAAAUAGAUCGGAUACCAAAGAAAUUCAGAAGAAAAAUCAUAGAUCGGAUACCGUAGAAAUUCAGAAGAAAAAUCAAUUUUCAAUUGCUUCGAAAACUGCUGGUCGCAAGAAAUUGAGCAAAAAUGCUGCUCCUAGUGUGCUCUACACAGAAGCUGCUUUCUGUGAUGAAGCCAGGAAAAAUCUUGCUGAGUUUCUUCGUAUUUGUAGUGAAAACGAAUCAUUGCCUUCUAUUCAGGUAUCAAAAUCCUUGGGUAGAAUACUUUCUUUUCCUGGAUUUAACUCUCCAAGACAUAAUCUGGCAAGAGAGAAGGAUGCCAAGGAAGCCGAGUCUCUUCAGGAAAACACUUCUUUACUACAAAAGCAAAAAAAUAUUGCAGAACAUUUGGAUCUUUUGAGGCAUAAGGAGAGCUUCCCCAGCACUGAUAAAAUCCCGGAAGCUGUAAAUGAGAUUAUGGAGAUUGUGGAAGUUGAAGACAAAGAAUGCAUUCAAAUUGAAGAGGCUAGCCAACUAGAAGCACAGUCUAUGUUGACUAUCAAUGAAGAUGAUCUUCCCAGUGGAACAUUAGUGGAAGAAGAAUCUUCCAUGCUACUAGAGCCAGAACAAUCAGAAGCGAAGACUCUUAUGCCCUCGAGUUCUUCAGAAAAACAAGUACUUAAAGAUGCUGAUUGUGCUGUAGAGAAGGCCGUCCGUCCAAGUCCAAUUGCAGUUCUUGAACCUCUCUUCCUUGAAGAUCCCGGCAUGAUAACAGAUCAUGCAACCACUCUUGAGACAAAAACAAAGCCUAGAGAAUCUCAAAUUGAUGACUCUGCAGCUGCUUCAGGCUCACCAGAUUCUGAAGAAGACUUAAUAACAUGUUCAGAAUUCGAUGAAGCUUUGUUGUUUGAUGAAUUGGAAGUCUCCUACAGCUUGUUUAUCGAUGAUCCAAAGCUUCUCUUUGAUUCCAUAGAUGAAGUGCUUACUGAAAUCAAGGAGAGGCAUUUCAGUUGCACCCCUUGGGUUUCUUUAAUCAAGCCAACCAUUUGGUCUGUACCUAAACAAGAAUAUUUCAUGAAGGAAGCAUGUAGAAGGAUAAAUUGGCAUUUGGAUGUGCAGUCUCCAAGCACAUUGAAGGAUGCUGUAAAGAAAGAUUUGGAUGGUACAAUUUGGUUUGAUCUUCAGUUUGAAGCUGAAAGAGCAGUUGAUGAGAUUGGAGAUGCCAUUUUAGAUUAUCUGUUUGAAGAAACAGCAUUGGAAUUGUGGGAUUGAUCUGGAGUGUUGAAGGCAGCAAAUAAUGGUUGAAAAAACAACAGCUUCUUAGCACAUAAUUUUUUUCCACAUUAAAGGGUGUGUUUAACGAGAGAUUAUUCUGUGCGGACAUUAGACGGUCCGGAGACUUACCAGAACACUCCACGUCACCCGGUAAUGAACAAAAAAGUGACAUGACACAUUUUAGUCGGUCUCCGGACGCCGUCUGGGGCCCGCACAAAAUAAUUUUUCGUGUUUAACAUAGACAUGGCUCAACUACCAGUGUUUGUAGAAACAGAGGAAUGUGAUCUCUCUCUCUCUCUCUCUCUAUCUAUCUAUCUAUCUAUCUAUUCUGUAUAUACCUGCUGAAUUUGACCAGCUGUAGUUUUGAGGAAUUCUUUUCCUUUUGGUGACCUGAAAAUGGUGGAGAUUUGGAGUUGAUAGGUGCUGAAUAUCUUAUUUUGUUUGUUUAUUA